CUGAGACAGAAUCUUUCUAGGGGGAAAAAAAACUGCAUGUAAUUAGAAUACAAUCACAUGACACAAAAGGAAAGGAGGAAGCUGCACUUGAAAAAGCACAAUGCCACUGUCUCUUUCCACUUCCUUCAUCAGCGCGCACUCCUCUGAUGUGCUCAUGUACGCCAAGCAGGUGUUCAGCAGAGAAGAAUGGAGUUGUUGAAAUGCGCCAUGCUCUUUCAGAUGCUUCGAUGCGGAGCAAACCAGUACACCAGCCCAAUUGCACUACCAACUCAGACGCAGGAAGAACCAAACCAGAACCUCCCAACUGCACUACCAACUCAGACGCAGGAAGAACCUCCUCCUCGGGUCACCCUGCUGAGAGAAACAUGCACAUGGACUCUACAGAGGGACACGGGGUCAAAGGUCAUUCUGACCCUCGAGCUGAGGGACAACCUGACGCAGCAAAUCUGCCAGUCCCUGAACUGCGGACCUGUGAGCACUUUCAGCGAGAGUAGGGCAUCGCCCAACAGCACGUGUCUGUCUCACUGCCUCCAUGUCAAUCGCAGCGGACUGGGGAACUGUGCAGAAGUGGUGGGGAAUGGCUGUAAAGUCUUGUCCAAAGUCAUCUGUGAACAUCAUAGAGUCCAGCUGGCUGACGGAGGCCAUCGAUGCGGAGGGCGUGUGGAGCUUUGGCAGGACGGACGGUGGGGCACGGUGUGCGAUGAUGACUGGGACCUCAGCGACGCCAACAUCGUGUGUGCCCAGCUGGGCUGUGGCUACGCUGUCAUGGCAACGGGACAAGAUGGUCGCUUCGGCCCAGGCAAGGGCUCCAUCCUAUUGGAUGAUCUGAACUGCACUGGCCACGAGGGGAACCUAUGGGAAUGUCCCACUCGGAAAGGCCCCGAUGACUGUGGACACAAGGAAGACGCUGGAGUGGUAUGUUCAGAGUUCAAGGACGUCAGACUGACAGGAGGUCUCGAUCGGUGCUCUGGCCGGGUAGAGAUCCAUCGAAAAGGCACCUGGGGAACAGUGUGUGAUACGUGCUGGGGCAAGGAAGAAGCCAACAUGGUGUGUUCAAUGCUCAACUGUGGGACGGCUUUCCAGUUCUCCGCCUUCAGUCCAUAUUUCCCCCACAGCAACGGGACCAAGUGGUAUUACAUGUGUUAUGCUCAGCACACUGGUUUGUGGGAUUGUCAAGAGUUUCCCAACAAGCCACAUUUGUGCAUUGAUUCAAAAGCAGCAGGAUUAUUUUGCACAAAGUCUCUUGGGCUGCCCCAGCCCCCGACACCUGAGCACAGCACCAUGGCCAGGACAACAGGCAAGACAGCACCCCUACAACAACAAACAAACAAAAACAAACAAACAAGGCUGACUUCAGUCAGUUCUUUAUUGCCACAAGACAGCACCCCUACAACAACAAACAAACAAAAACAAACAAACAAGGCUGACUUCAGUCAGUUCUUUAUUGCCACAAGACAGCACCCCUACAACAACAAACAAACAAAAACAAACAAACAAGGCUGACUUCAGUCAGUUCUUUAUUGCCACAAGACAGCACCCCUACAACAACAAACAAACAAAAACAAACAAACAAGGCUGACUUCAGUCAGUUCUUUAUUGACCCCUACAACAGCUCUGCCCUCUAGAGGGCCUCAAACCAGAGAUUCCUGAGACAAUAUUAGUUUUCAUUAUCCACCCUGAUGUAGAAAACACCAUUUCU